CAACUUCUUUCCCCCCUUUUCUUCUCCUCCUUCCUUCUUCUCCCCCUCUUUCUUAACGUUCCAGCUGCCGAGAUGGCGAUGAACAGCAUUCUCAACGCUGCCGAUAUCAAGAAAGCCCUAGACGCAUUCGCAGGUGAACAAACUUCAUUUUAUUUUCUUACAUCACAUUUAGGAACAGUCCAGGACUAAGAAGCAUUCUCAAUGAAGAUUCUCCAUUGAAAGAGUUUGUUUUUUGUCCAGGACUAGGCUUAAUCUGUGUAUGGGAAACCAUCCCAUAAUGUGUCAACAAGAAAACACUGAAUAGAGGCUAAUAAUGCUUAGUAAAAGUAUAAUUCACUUCUUGUAUUGCACAUUAGUGGCUUAUAUGUGUUCUCUAUACUAAAGUUUUAACGGGUAGAUCCCCUUGGUCCAACAGACACAUUGGAUGUGUUCCAAAUAGCACCCUAUUCCCUAUAGUACACUCCUUUUGACCAGAGCCUUAUGGGAUCAACACAUUUUUACAUAUUUAUGAUACUGUAAUAACACAUCAUAUAUGACAUAAUUAUGAUACUGUAAUAGCACAUCAUAUCUGACAUAAUUAUACUGUAAUAACACAUCACAUCUGACAUAAUUAUGAUUCUAUAAUAACUGGUAUUGUGUAACACAUCUGCCAGAGGAUGCCAGCUAGUCCUGGGGUUGGCACAGUCCUCUGACCUAUAGAAUUGAUGUGACCACUGGCACAACACAAGCUCUGAAUCCACACACACAGAUACAUGUACACACAGACAAACGCCGCAUCACAGUGUAAAAAUAGUAAUUUCUUAAUUAAGGCUUGUUUGGCAUUAACGUUUAGCCUCUGGGGUGUUGUAUCCAGGCAGUCACCCAUGUUGUUUUUUGUACUUUGUGUGUGUGUGUGUUCACUAAACUGUGUGUCCAUUAUGCCAUGCAGCGGCUGACUCGUUUGACCAUAAGAAGUUCUUUGAGAUGGUGGGUCUGAAGGCCAAGUCAGCUGAUGAUGUGAAGAAAGCCUUCCUGGUGCUGGACGCUGACGCCAGCGGGUUCAUAGAGGAGGAGGAGCUCAAGUAAGAGACACACACAGGGAGACACACACAGGGAGACACACACACACAGACAGACAUACACAGAGACACAGAAAAACACAGACAGAGACACACACCGACACUUUGACUGACCACACACUCCUUGAUUGAUUAAACAAAAUACAGCGUGUGGUGACUGACCAGUGACCACGUGGACAUGCAUCCGCAUCCCACAUACACAUACUCAUGGUUAACUGUUUAGGCACCAGAGCGUUCCUAAUUGUUGCACUGUCUGUACUCAAGUCUCCCUGCCCUCCUGCUGUUGUCCAUAGGUUCGUACUGAAGGGAUUCGCCUCAGACGGCAGGGACCUGACCGAUAAAGAAACCAAAGCAUUCUUAAACGAAGCCGACAAGGACGGGGACGGCAUGAUCGGCAUCGACGGUAAGAAAACUAUCUCUCUGACCGACGGACACGUACUCACCUGUGUCAUCACAGCGUAAUCAGACCAGAGUCUACAGAGUGUUCUAACCUCUUGUCUCUUCUUGUUCUCUUUCAGAGUUUGUUGCCCUGGUGCACGAGUAAUAGACUCCUCCCUAAACCGACUAGUGCUCCACCACCCGGCCCCGACACUCACUCCCCCUCUCCCAGUCUGCAGCCGACCCCCACACACCCCCCUCAUCCCUCCACCUACCCUCACUGACACCCAGCUCUCUCCCACUCAAGCGCACUACUACUACUGCACUGGAGGAAGGGGGUCGUGGCUCCCGCCCCCCCACCCCGCUAACUUACCCCUCUCCCCCACUCCCACCCACAACCCCCACCCUAUUUAUUU